AUGGUGUACAAACCACCGGGCACCUCCACCAUACCGUCACGUGGCCUAUCACCGAAGCGACCACACCAGCAGCAGACAACAACGGUUCGGUCUUCCUCGCCAUCGUCGCGCUCUGUGAACCGGCACGGAGUAACUGCACAGUCACUGUUGAAUCUGAACAACUACCGCGACUCACGCGGCCGGGCCGGAUCUCGCCGCGGUGUCGCGCCCGGCGCCGGAACCAACGAACACGCGGGAAAUGCUCGAAAACUGAACAACGCCAUUGGGAACGAUACGAUGACCGGUGGUGGUGGUGGUGGCGGAAUGAAGCGAUCGAACAGUCUCAACAACAAGUACAACAACAUCGUCCAGGCGCGCCGCUCUAACAGCACCGAGCGGAUGAACAAUGGCAAAGUGUACCGGGGCCGCAGCCCGCUAAGAAACUCCACAUCGAACCUCAGCUCAACCGGAACCGUUGGCGGUGGUGGCGGCGGCGGCGGUGGAAGGAAUCAACCGGUCCUGAUCCGUUCCAGGGGCAACGACAUUGGAAGUUUGGACAAUUUGGAUAAUAUGACACAGGCCUCGACGGGAAGCAGCAGCUCCGUUCCCGGUACCCCGGAGGAUAACAUAAACGUAGUCGUUCGUGUUCGGCCACUGAACGCAAAGGAGGGCCGAAAUGGAGAUAAUAUGGUCAUCCAAUUCCCGGGAAACGGUCAAAUUUUUUGUGACGGAAUGCCCCUGACAUCGGGUGGACAAAAGCCCAAAUUGUACUCGUAUAAUGUGGUGUUCGAACCGGGCGCUACUCAGGAUGAUGUGCUGCAGUAUUCCGGCAUCAAGCGGCUGAUUGAAAUGGCUAUCGAAGGGUUCAGCUGCACCGCAUUUUGCUACGGCCAGACGGGAUCGGGUAAAACCCACACGCUCACCGGUCCCCCGGAGCUGUUCUAUCACAAACCGGAUCCGGCCCACAAAGACCACGGGCUGGUGUUUCGAUCGUUUUUGUACUUGUUCAAGCUGCUACAGGAACGGAAAGAUACGAACUUCAUCCUGAAGGCAUCGUUUUUGGAAAUUUACAACGAGAAGGUGAUAGAUUUGCUGAACCCCGGGAGCGCCAGGAAACCGUUGGCUGUCCGGUGGUCGAAAAAAUCGAGAGGUUUUUUUGUGGAAAACCUGUUCACGGUAGACUGUGAAGAGUUGGACGAUUUGUUGGCAGUGCUGGAAGAAGGAAUGCGAAACAGGCACGUGGGGUCACAUCUGAUGAACGAUUAUUCGUCCCGAAGCCACACCAUUCUGACGGUACACAUCACGUCCGAACAACAGGCCGAAGGUGGAGUUUUUAUUUCAAAGCAGGGUAAAAUCAAUUUCGUCGAUCUGGCCGGCAGCGAGAUGACGAAGAAAACGCACAGCGAAGGCAAAACGCUGGAGGAAGCCAACAACAUCAACAAGAGUUUGAUGGUGCUGGGCUAUUGCAUUGCUUCGUUGAGUGAUCCGAAGAAGCGUGGUGGACAUAUACCGUAUCGAGACAGUAAGCUGACCAAACUGCUUGCGGACAGUCUUGCUGGGAACGGUGUAACUUUGAUGAUCGCCUGCAUAUCUCCGGCACAAUCGAAUGUUACAGAGACAAUAAACACGCUGCGGUAUGCCGCUCGGGCUAAGCGGAUUCGCACGAAGCCCAUCAUCGUGAUGGACCCGCGGGAAGCACUUAUACUGAGCUUGAAACGCGAAAUAGGGUCACUUCAGGUGGAGAAUGAACAUCUGCGAACGGCGUUGAACUUGCAGUCGGAAGCACAUGACAUUAACGGCCAGGUGGAUGCGCUGGAACGAAGACCGAUACCUCGAACACCACCGACGGUGAACCUAGAGAAGCUGACCGAUAUGGAGGGCAACGAACUGAAGGAACUGGUGAAGGUUUACGUAGUGGAAAAUCAAGCCCUGCGCCAGGAGAACGCGGAACUGUACUCUACGCGCGAUGCGAUUAUCCGUGACCAGGAACUCGUGUGCCGGGAAAACGAACGUUUGCUCAAAAAGCUAGAGGACGUCAAUUCGGUCUGCUGUCGUUCGCCCAUCAUCCCGGCUCGACCCACUUUCUCGGCGGAAAUGCUCAAUCUCUCUGCUGCCAGCGGUGAGGUUGAAGUAUCGAACAUAUGGCGCAAUCCGCUCAACACGAGCGCCGAUAGCAUGAGUCGGUACCGGAACGAAUCGUUGGAUGGUCGCGUUUCGGCGAACGAGAACAAAAUUCCAGAUCUCCUGCAGAAGGAACUGGACAAGCGUCGAAUCGGUGACAGCAUAAAUACGAUCGCUAACAAUUUGAAGCGCAACAAUUCCUGGGACAAUACAAACCGGCUGAAUGGGCUCGGCAGCAACACGGUGAAGUUAGCGUCCCGGAAAGGGUCCGCCGACAGUCGUCAUUCGGACCCCAGUCAAUCAAGGGUUUCACAGACGAGAAUUAUCGAUAUGCUUAGCUAAAAAAGUCUCAGUACUCAGGCGAAAGGAAAAUGGCACGGCAUCGCGCAAGGGUAA